AUGAGGGAAGAACUAGACCAAGACCUUCCCAGAGCCCUCCGGCGAACUCAAAGAGCGAGCCGAGGCGGCGCGGCCUCUUCUAUCCAAAGCCCAAGCACGGCACCAAAACAACGCUCGUCCUCGAUAGCGUCGACAUCGAGAACACCAAGCAAGCCCAAGUCAAAGAAACGAGUCCGCUUCUCCGACCCGGGCCCCGAAAUCAAAGGCCACCACCACAACGACACAUCCGCCUCUACGGGGCUCACGCCCAUGGUACGCCGGUCCUCUCUCGGACACGAGCCCUCGUCUAAACGCAGACGCCACUCAACACCUCUACGACGAGCGAACGCCCACCACGAUGACGACGGUGAAGACGAGCUCGCCGGCAACGGCAGCAGCACCACCAGCGCCAGGGACAGGGACAGCAGCACCGAAGUGCGCUUCCUCUCGCUCGCCCAGGUCCUCGACGACCGCGUCAAGCGGCGCAUCCGGCGCAACGGGCUCAGCGAAGAGAUGAACACCAUCACAGAAACCAAGCGGCGGCGCGCGCGCGAGCAGGAGGCCGAGCUACAGCGGCUGCGCGACGAGCUCGCCGACAAGGACGACGAGAUCGAGAGGUUGCACAACACAACACUAAUACAAGACAGGGACCGCAUCGUGGAGCUCGAGCAGCAGAUUGAGGCGCUGCGGAGCGCGCUGCGGGACCGCGCCGCCGCCUCGGCUGCGGAUGAUGACGCGAUGGAGGAGGCUGGAAAUGGCCAAAAGCGCAAUAGCUACGACUGGACGCUCGCGGCGCGUGAUCCGUUCUCGGAUAGCUAUCUGGACGACGACGAGGGCUUCGGGGACACGACGAUGGCGGAUCUGGUGUGCAGCACGCCGUCCAAGGGCGCGCGAAAUUCCGCGUCUGGAUCGUUCCCGACGCCGCCGUGUACGAGUCCCGCCAUUCCGGCAACGCCAUGCUCGCUGCGCAGAGAAGCGACGCCCAUGACGCCCAAGUCCCACGUCGGAGUCCAGGCCUCGUUCCCAGACCCUGAGGAAGAGGCCUUGGAAGCUGAACUCGGGUCCCUGCGCCUCGAGCUCGGCAAGCUCACCGCUGCGCUGGAAUCGCACGCUGCGCUGAAGGCUCGCCUCGCCGAUAAGUUGUCCAGCGCCAGCAGCACCCGCCCCGCCGUCGCGGAGAGCAGUAGUCCCAGCAGCGACAUCGAAGCGCAUCUAGACACAGUGCUGCAGACGCUCUCGGACCGCACAGCCGCGCUCCUCUCCCUCAACGCCUCGCUCAGCGCGCUAGGCUUCGCCGGCACCGACGCCAGCGAGAUCGUAUCCUCGCUAGCCGGCGCCUUCCGCUCCGCGCGGCUGGAGCUCGAGUACCUGACCCCGGGCGAGGUAACCCUACCACUAUCAUCGCGCGGCGCCGAGGUGCUGGACCUAGUGCUGACGCGACUGCGCGACCUGGCGCACCGCGCGCGCGAGGACGAGGCCACCGUCGACGAGUACCACGCCCUGGAGCAGUCCCUACGGCAGCAGCUCGGCGCGCGCGUCGACGCCAUGGACGGGCUGAACGCCCGCGUCGCGGAAGCCCAAAAACAGCUUUCGGAGCGCGACGCGCGGAUUGAGGAGAUGGAGGUCGGCCUGGAUCGCCUGAAGGGCGCGGCUGAGGGCUAUCGCCGCGACAUCGGCGAGCUGGAGGCGCUGGUACAGCGCGUCGAGGCGGAGGGGCAGACUACCGCUUCCCACCUAACUUCCGAUCUGCAGAACGCACAGGCGCAGCUUGGGGACCGCGACAACGCCGUCGCGGACCUAGAGGCGAAACUCGCGUCGAUACUACAACAGACGACGGACCUGCAGACGCAGCUUGCGGUGCUGCAGGGCGGCAAGGAGGCCGAGUUCAAGGCUCUUAAUAAAUCCCACGGGACCGCGCUGGCGCUGCGCGAUGCACGGGUCGCGGAGCUGAGGCGCGAGAUCGAUGGGGUUAAUGAGGGGCUUCGCGAGGCGCAUGAGUCGAUCCGGAGGCUGAUGGUUGAGAAUAAGGCGGUGGAGCGGAGGGCGGAGGGGGAGAAGGUUAGGGCUAAGGAGGCGGUUGAUGAGAUGAGGGCUGAGCUGGAGAGGGUUGUGAGGAUGGGGGCGGCGUUUUUGGAGGCUUCAAGGAAGGGGGAGGGUGCUGGGGAGGGGGGUGUGGGGGCUGGUCCGGCCGCGGUGGUGGUGAGAAGGUCGUCUAGGCGGGUGAGUGGCGACAAGACACCUGGGUCGGUGGCUGCGAAGAGUAGGAAGAGGAGGCGGUACGAUAGUGGUCUGGGCUUCCUUGACGAGGACAAGGACGAGGGCGAGGUUGAGCUGGUGUGA